CGUUACUGGAAAUACGUCUAUUAGAAUGGAAUAUUUGAAUUACCGAAUUAAAUUCAAAACAUUUAUGGGUUUACAUCAGCGGUGUGGAAGAUUGACUUGUUGGUGUAAUUAAUUGCAGUUAUAAUUACGUAGUUAUUUUGGAAAAUAAGUGUAUAAAAACUAAAGGCCACAAAAUGCAUACAAAACCGGAAAUAAGUAUCCUCAAUAAACGCUAUCGCAUGCAAAUACUCGCCACUUUAACAGUACACAUUAUGACCUUCGCUCAUGCCGCCGGCAUAGGUUGGCUUUCACCGACAUUGAAUAAACUCCAGUCGCCUGAUUCGCCGCUCCAUUUUCCGAUCACAACUGAAGAGGCCUCCUGGAUUGGUUCUGCCUUUGGAUUGGGUUACAUACCGGGAAAUAUUUUCUUUGGACUCACAAUCAAUCGAUUCGAUCGUAAAUUUAAUUUGUACAUUUUGGCCAUUCCACUAAUGAUGUUUUGAACGCUCAACUAUCUGGCGCAAAGUGUCGAAUAUUUGUAUGUGGGUCGCUUUUGUGCUGGAGUCGCUAGCGCUGGAAUCUUUUUGGCUGUGCCGCUUUUUAUAAGUGAAAUAUCCGAUAAAGAAAUUCGCGGGGCGCUCACUUCCAUGAUUAUGAUGUCCUUCAGUGCUGGCUUGCUUAUCGGUUACAUAAUGGCCACCUAUCUCAAUUACCACAUAAUAUGUUGCAUAAUCUUUGCACUACCCAUUAUUUAUCUCUUCGGUAAUAUAUUCCUUCCGGAGACACCUCAAUGCCUACUGAAACGUGGCUAUGAACAGCAGGCUAAGAUGUCAUUCAUCUUCUACAAAGGCAUUAUAAUUAAUGUUGAUCACUCUGAGCAAAAUACGUCAAUAGUAGUGAGCGAAUUCGAUGAAUUGAAGGCGGCCAUCGUGAACGGUGGCCUUGACACGCCGGUCAUGCUCAAAGAUUUUCUAAACAAGUCUACACUCUUCAGUUUUUUCACUGCAGCCAAUUUGUGUGUGCUCAACCAGUUUUCGGGUAGUUUUGCCAUCAUGAAUUAUAUGGCGAAUAUCUUUGCCGAAUCUGGCUCAACAUUGAAUCCGAAUGUCAGCUCUAUUCUUAUGGGAUGCGUGCAGAUGUUGGGAGCAGUAACGGUUAUUAUUUUGGUGGAACGUUUCGGUCGUCGGCCUUUGCUUUUGUGCUCGGUGGUCGGCAUGAUGGCUAGUAUGUAUGGGUUUGGAGCAUUCGUACAAUUCACAGGCGCGGAAACGAAGGCUGAAUACAAUUGGGUUCCUAUCGUUCUCAUGACGUUCGUGGUUUUCAACUCGGCUUAUGGAGUCUUUGGAUGUUUCUAUGCCCUCGUGGUUGAGAUACAUCCAGCGAAGAUUCGUUCACAAGCUCUAUCGAUUUCUAUGCUAUUUAUCGGUGUACUGCUGUUCAUAGCCUUGAAGCUUUUUCCGUAUUUCCUGUUCGAAUUAGGCAUCCCCGUUACUAUGUAUUCGUGUGCCACUGUUUGUGUGGUUACUGGCAUAUAUCUAUUUUUCUUCCUACCAGAGACAAAAGGCAAAUCAAUGGAGAAGGAUUAAAAGAAACCGAACAAAUAUUAUAUAGUUUUUACUGACGCAAUAAUCAAAAAUGAUAUCCCGUGUGAAUGUCUGAUUGUCGAGCGAAGCAAUAAAAUCAAGAGAUAAAGGGAAAAUUUUAACAUAA